AUGGCUCGGCGGAGGCCUUGGACGUGGGCAGCUGCCUUCACCGCGGCUGUGCUCCUCGUCGCCGUCACUGCUGCCGCGGCGGCGGUCGAGAAGAGGCUGCUUGUGGACAUGACUCUCGUCCCGGACGCCGCGUCGACGGGAGCAGUGUGCCUCGACGGGAGCCCGCCGGCGUACCACCUCCACCGCGGUUCCGGCGCCGGCGCCCGCGGCUGGCUGCUCCAGUUCGAGGGCGGCGGCUGGUGCAACAGCGCGCGGUCGUGCGCCGAGAGGGCCGGCACGCGCCGAGGCUCCACCAGCCUCAUGACCAAGCUCGAGGUCUUCUCCGGCGUGCUCAGCAACGAUCCCGCCAUGAACCCAGACUUUUACAACUGGAAUCGUGUGAAGCUGCGGUACUGCGACGGCGGCUCCUUCGCAGGCGAUUCAGAGUUCACAAAUGGUUCUUCAGUCAUCUACAUGAGAGGUCAGAGGAUAUGGGAUGCUAUCAUCACAGAUCUCUGCCAGAAAGGCCUCCACAGAGCCGAAAAGGUGCUGCUCUCGGGCUGCUCAGCAGGAGGCCUAGCUACAUUCUUCCACUGUGAUGACCUCCAGGAGCGUCUGGGAGGCACCGCCACGGUGAAAUGCAUGAGCGAUGCCGGGUUUUUCCUUGAUGUGUAA